AUGAUUUUUAAGAAAAACAAAAAAAGAUACAUUUAUCCAUUAUUGGAUUCCAAUUAGGAUUCCUCCUGUUUUCUAAAAUCCUAAACCAACACAACUUUGUUAGAUAUAUAUAUCGACCACCUCAGGUCUUGUUUUGUCUACGAUCUAUAAUCUCUCUACCGUGGAGCUAACAAACAAGGAUACCUAGCAAGAGCUUUGUUUUUCACUCAAGAGGAUUAAAGAUGCAAGCAAGGAAACCUAUAUUCGCAAUCUAUGCGAUUUCUGUACUCGUGUUGUAUCUUCUCUUCAUUGAAUCUCCAAAAUCUGUUGUUCCUGACAACAACUCACCGUUCAAACGAGGCUUGCCUCUCUCCAGAACCGAUGACCCCGUUACCAUGAGUAGUAGUAUUGUUACAAUUGCGGACUGCUCGGACCAUUACGAUGCUGAAGACUUAGGUACCACAGUUGUAGACUCCGAUCAUAAUGAGAAGGAAGGCAUAGGUACCAUAUUUGUGGACUCGGACCAUGACGAAACGGACGAGUUAGGUACCAUAGUUGUGGACUCGGACCAUGACGAAACGGACGAGUUAGGUACCACAGCUGUGACAGACCAUAACGAGAAGGAAGACAUAGGUACCACAGUUGUGGACUCAGACCAUAACGAGAAGGAAGGCAUACGUACCACAGUUGUGACAGACCAUAACGAGAAGGAAGAAUUGGGUACCACAGUUGUAGACUCCGCGCAUAACGAGAAGGAAGACUUAGGUUACACAGUUGUGGACUCGGACAAUAACGAAAAGGAAGAGAUAGGUACCACAGUUGUUGACUCAGACCAUUGCGAAAAAGAAGGGUUAGGUACCACAGUUGUGGCAGACCAUAACGAGAAGGAAGACAUAGGUACCACAGUUGUGGACUCAGACCAUAACGAAGCAGAGGACUUAGGUACAACAGUUGUAGACUCCGACCAUAACGAGAAGGAAGACAUAGGUACCACAGUUGUGGACUCAGACCAUAACGAGAAGGAAGACUUAGGUACCACAGUUGUGACAGACCAUAACGAGAAGGAAGACUUAGGUACCACAGUUGUAAACUCAGAACAUAACGAAGAGGACGAGUUAGAUCCUUUGGUACCUCCUCGUAAAGCUGGCAAGAAAGAGAGAAUUGAAUGGUUCAGAAGAAAGCUACCUGAGCUGGAGAUACUGAAAUCGACUAGCAAGAGCAAGAGAUUCCAUUCAAGAGUUUUGGAUCUGCACAAGAAUAAUUGCUCUGCUCAGUUCUUUAUGGUUUGGCUUUCUCCUGCAAAAACCUUUGGACCAAGAGAGAUGUUAGCUGUUGACACUCUCUUCACCACCAAUCCUGGCGCAUGCUUGGCGAUUUUGUCCAACUCCUUAGACUCCCCUAGAGGAUACACCAUCCUUAAACCAUUGUUUGAUCGAGGCUUCAACCUUAUUGCUGUAACCAUAGAUAUCCCGUUCCUCGUCAAGAACACUCCUGCUGAAGCUUGGCUGAAAAGACUAAAGAGUGGCCGCAUGGAUCCUGGUUCUAUCCCCUUGUUCAUGAAUCUCUCUGACCUAACAAGACUGGCGGUGCUCUACAAAUACGGAGGAGUAUAUCUAGACACAGACAUCAUCUUCCUUGAUGAUAUAACAAGAUUGAGAAACGCUAUUGGAGCACAGAGCAUGGAUCCGAAGACAAAGACAUGGUCAAGACUAAACAAUGCAGUGAUGGUCUUUGACAUCUACCAUCUGCUUAUGCGAGAAUUCUUACACGAGUAUUCCACAACUUUCGACGGAAACAUAUGGGGACACAACAGCCCUUACCUAGUCUCUAGAGUCAUCACAAGAUUAGGAAACAAACCUGGAUACAACUUCACAAUCUUUCCACCAGAUGCUUUCUAUCCAGUGAAUUGGAUCAACAUACCAAAGCUUUUCAAGAAACCUGCAACCAGAAGAGAAGCACAAUGGGUAAAGAAGACGGUACAGGACAUGAGCAAAGGGAGUUACAUGAUACAUCUAUGGAACAAAGUGACAAGGAAGAUUAAGAUUGAAGAAGGAAGCGUCAUGUACAAUCUCAUCUCCACUCACUGCACAGUCUGCAGAAACAUCAAAAACUCUCAUAUACUGUCUAAACAGACACAAGGGUUCUAGACUCAACUCACUGCACAGUCUACAGAAUCAUCACAAAUUUUCAUACUUUCUAAACAGUUACAAGGGUUCUCGUUUUUCAAAGAAGCCUCAUGUACAGUCUCGUCUCUACUCAUUGCACAGUCUACAGAAGCAUCACAAAGUCUCAUACUUUUCUAAGCAGAUACAAGGUUUCUCGUUUUUCAAGGAAGCCUCAUGUACAUUCUCGUCUCCACUCACUGCACAGUUUACAGAAGCAUCACAGAUUCUCAUACUUUCUAAACAGAUACAAGGAUUUCUCGUAUCAAGUCACUGCACAGUCUGAAGAAACAUCACAAAUUGGAUUGUUGUUCUUCUUUUUUUUUUUUUUUAAGGGUUUUUGGUGUUCAUAUUUUGCAUUACUUUUUCUCUUUGUAAAUGACUCAAAUCAGAUAAAAACUGAUUCACAAAGAAGCAAACUUUCAUAGAAAGGAGAUGUUUCAAGUUUCAACAAGAACAAGCAUCAGAACUAAAAUCAAACUAAAAUUUACAGUGAGAGACAAGAAGCGAUAAAUCCCAAAUUUUACUAAUUAGAGAAGAAAGAAAGUGAAAACCGUGAAGAAGAUAAUGCGAAGAUGAAUCGCGGAGGAGCUCCGAGUAUAAGCGACGCCAUCACCGUGUUCAUGAUAUCGAAUGUGUUGUGUGUGUAAUGGGGGAAUGUUCAAAAUCACACAUUUCAAAGCCUCAUAACAUUCAAGUUCAUCUUUAAAUCAUACACGAUGGGUCGGAAUGGAUGAUACUGUCAUUGAUUCUGAAGUACGGUGGACGAGCGGCGCCGGAGAUGAUUGUGCGGUUUCUUUGACGCCGGAGAUUAAUUGAUUCGCCGCCAUAGUUGCGGAGGAGAAAAGUCUA